AUGGCUCCUUACGAGCGGAGAGAGCGCUGCACCAAAUGUGGGUUCGACAAAGAGAAGCUCUACAAAUGUUCGGGCUGCAAGGGCGCGACAGCUCGAUAUUGCGGCCGAGAAUGUCAGAAAGAACAUUGGCAAAUCCACAAACCCAUCUGCAGGCCCGCGCAACCUAACGAAAUCUGGGGGAUCAAGAUACUCCCUAACCAGGGAGGUUGUCUGUACGGCACCGCUGACGUCCCGGGCGGGGACGGACAGGAUCGAAGCAAGCUUUUUGAGCACGUCCUGAUCAAGGCGGAUCAUCCGGUUUUUAGUGAAGGGGAGCUAUGCCCCGUUAGCGUGGCAGUUGGCAUGCCGCUUAUACUGUACAGCGCUGCGGUGAACGGUAUGCAAGUCCGUGCUCGUGAUCAAGGUAACCAGGCUGCCGUAUUCUUAAGGAUUGAGCCAGAAAACGCGAUUGCGCCCCUGCCGUGCACGAUCUUUCCUGCUGCUGACUGCUUGCUCCUCCAGUGCAUAAUUGUACGGCACGAUCGGCGCCCUCUGACCAGAGAAGCCAUCGAGGCGAUGUGGCAAUUUACCGCGAAGGUGAUCAACGGUGCCGGCUAUCCCACGUCUGACGGCUGGGUUCCAGUGCGUUCUCUUGUCACUACUGCUUACUGGCAGGUGUUCUCCCGAGAUUACUAUAAAGAACAGAAGGGAAAGGGAAGAGCUGGGUUCGACGAGUUUUGGGAGCCUUUGUAG